ACUCGGGGUUCACUGAUGUCUCCCUCCUCCCCCCCCCAGGGCUAUUUCUUCGACCGGGACGAUGUGGCACUGGCCCAUUUCUCCGAGUUCUUCCGGCACCUGUCGGGCGAGAAGCGGGAACAGGCCGAGCGGCUGCUGGGCUUCCAGAACCGCCGGGGGGGCCGCAUCCUGCUGCAGGCCAUCCAGAAACCAGAGCAGGACGAGUGGGGGAACGGGGCGGCCGCCAUGGACUUCGCCCUGAAGCUGGAGAAAACCGUCAACCAGGCGCUGCUGGACCUGCACAAGGUGGCCAUGAGCCACGCGGACCCCCAGUGA